GUGAGGUUUAUUUUUUUCUGUAUAUAUUUUUGUAAAAAAAUUAUGUAUCAGGUUUUCCCACCACUAACAGAGUACUUUGUAUAUGUAAUAUAUUGCAUAUUAUGAAAAUUGUAUUGAACCAUUUCAUCAUUUUUUAUUCAGUGUUUUGUAAAUUAUUUUCAGAACCAUUAGAGAAAAAGCCAGAAAAGCCAGUUUUUGUAACUAAAUUCUCAUCAGCAAUCGCAACUGUUGGAAACACGGCUAAGUUUACUGUGAUAGUUUCUGGAUUUCCUAAGCCAGUUAUUCAGUGGUAGCACAAUGGCCAAUUGAUAAAGUCCUCAGCUUUUUAUACAUUUGUCCAAGAGAAGGAAGAACAUACUCUUGUCAUAACUAACUUUACCAAAGUGUUGGAAGGAGAGUAUUCUUGCAACGCGAACAACCGAUUUGGCAAGUCAACAUGUAUAUCCUAUCUUCAUGUAAGGGUAAAGGACAUAAAGGAGCAAGAAGAGACUUUUGGGCAGCCUCCAUAUUUCAUCAAAGCAAUUGAGCAUGUGAAGUGUGCAGCCGGUAGCCAUGCUCUCUUUGAAUACACUGUUACAGGGGCUCCACUUCCUGACAUUCAGUGGUACAGAGGUAGCAAACAUAUGCAGCCUACUAAGUACUGUAUCAUUGUGAACAACACAGAUGGGUCUGGCUAUUUAAAGAUAUUAGGCAUUCAGCAAAGCAACAGUGAUCUUUACUCUUGUAGGGCAUCUAAUUCUCUUGGAGAAACCUCUUGCAGUGCAGAACUCAUUGUAUUCUUGGAGACACCUUCUGAAGCCACUGAAUCAUGUUUGUAUAGUGUCAGUCUUCCAGAACACGUCAGGACUAGCCUUCAGCAGGGACACCAGAUGGUUUACACCACUGGCACUGAAAACAGGCAAACUGUUACAAGUGAGCAGACUGAAACCUUGCAUGCUUUAGAUAUAUCUGCAGCCACUGUGUACAUGGAGCAGGUAACUCACCAAGCUGCAGUGAUUCAAUCUCAUGAUGUGCAGGAGAGAGUAAAAGUUGCCCCUGCCCAGCCAACGCCAGUGGUGGCAACUCCUCUGAAACAGCUGCAUAUGGCUGCAAUAACCUCUGCUGUUCAAGAAAACCAAGGCUUUACUGAGCAGCACUGUGAUCAAAUUGUUAGUCUAGAAGUACGAGAGCUUGAAUUGAGUGUUGAGGAGCCCUCAAAAUUUAUGUCUGCCAUUUUAGAGAGUUCUACACCUCUUAGCAUAGUGAAAGCUGAGGAUUUGAUAAAAAGUGAAAGAGAAAAGAUGCAAACAACUUCGGAGACAAAGGUUAUUGUUAGUGGUCCUCAAGUUGAUAGGUUACCAAUUCUACGAGAAGAAUGCACAAAAAUUAAAAGUCCUGAAGAGGAGAAAAGCUACAGAGUUGCAGAAGGGGUUAAGUUAUUGUAUACUGCAACAUUAUCCGAGAAUGUAGCACUUACAGAAGGUCAUACUUCAGAGCUAGCAACUUUUGAGUCCAUUGAAUGUUUAGCAGAAAAAGAACAAGCCAAACCAGUGCUUACAUCAGUCAAUGAGACUAAGUACACUCUUUUAAAAGAAAAAAAAACUUUGAAAUACAUAGUCACUGCUCAGCUCUCUGAAGAGCCAAUAUUAAAAUCAGCCCUGAUUACUGAAGAAAAGAACAAGCUUCAAGCUGACAAAACCACUGGAAUACCUAUCCUAGAGCAUCCUUUUUCAGUCCAUUCCCCAAAAGAAGAGGAUCAGGUGCUUCAUUUACAGCUUAUCAGUGACCAAGACACUCUUUUAUCUGAGGGCAGAUUUACUAAUGAGAAGCCAGGUUUCGAGCUGGUGGAAGUAAAAAAAAAGCCAAUUCUUUUGCAUGCAGUUUCUUCUGAUGACCAGAAAACAGUUUUUUAUGAACAGGCAACACAGUUAGCAUCAAAGGAUACCACAAUUGUUGUAAAGCCCAGAGAAGAGGUUCCUGCCCGAUUACAUCUUCACUCGGUGCAGUUGAAUACCAUUUUAUGUAAAGAAGGGUUACUUUCAGUCGAAAAGCCAGAUGAACAGAAAGCCAUCCAGAGAAAAGAAAAAGACUGUAAAUUUGUAGCCACUAAAGAAGAACGUGUAAAACUAACUUCAGAUUAUGCCAAAGGUCUUGAUGUGAUGGUAGAAGGUCUUAAAAUUGAGCACAAAACAGAAGCCAGACCCUUGAGUGUGCUUCAGGUAGUUUCACAGACUGAGCCGCUUUCAAAGGAAAGCCCUCUAGUCAGUGAAGUCAAGCUGCAUAGUGCAAUUGUGCAGAAAGAGGAUUGAUGGAAUAACAUGCAUGCAGCAUCUGUAUCAGAAUCUCAUUCAAUAGAAGAGGGUCUCACACACAGUUUCAAAGCACUUGAGAAAUGUACUUGUAAGACAAAUGUAGAACCUAAAGUACCGGUUCAGCCUUAUCAUGUAGAGGAAAAAGCCAUAUCAACAGAAAGUUGUGUUUCUCUUGAGGCUGCAGAGCAAGACUUUGCAGUUCAGAUUCAAGAAGGUCAAUCUGUAAGGCAGUCAAUACUUAUGGAGGAAAAACAUACUCUAACAGGUGAAAUGUCUCAGGGACUUACCAGAUCAGAGGCAACUAAAAUAAACAUUACAACUCAGCCACUAGAACCUCUUUUAGUAAGUGAAUCGCAGGAAAGCAAAACUUUUGCAAAGGAACAUACCUUUCUAAUUCCUGUACCAAAAUCACACAGCUUGGACAUCAAAGAACAGUUGGAAAUUACACUUCGAUGUGCUGUGGAUUGUGAGCAACCUUUGCUUUUGGCAGAUGUAUUGCAAAGUUUAGAAGUCGUGGAAGUAAAGGAGGUCAGGGUGCACAUGGAACCUAAAUACAUGAUGUUCACUUACCUUAUUACAACAGCUGGUCCACCCAUAUAAAUUACAAUUGCCUUUGAGGGGGAAUACCCACAGACAGCAGCUCUUAAAAAUGAGCUUCAUGCUGCUUUCUACUCUAUGCUUAAUCAGCAGAAACCCAUAUUGACCUCUGAACAGUCAAACAUCUUAAAACUUGACAGACCUGAGAGAUUGCAGGUUAGCAAAGCUCCUUCAUAUCCAUUAUCCUCAGCAAUUUUAACAGAAAAUGUUGAAGUGUUUGCAGCACCCAAAAUGCAGUCUGCUGCUCUGCAAACAGAAGCUAAAGUCUCUUUCCAAUCUGCAAUGUCUCAAAAGUAAACUGCUAUUCAGGAGUCAAGGCACCAUGUGACUCAGAAGACUGUUGAAUCCAAGAUGGAGGUCCACAGUUUCACUGAGACUGAACACAGCGAAAUGACUCUUAUUUCAGCUGAACAUUAUGAAAGAGAUGUGUGUGUUUCAAAUAUUACAGUUGAUGCACCUCACAGACAGGAAACUGUGGAAGAGCCUAUGGAUGUUCUCAUUCAAGAAGGCAAACAAGAGGAGGUUUUAACAGAGGACAUUUUGACUGAGCAUUUGACUAAAAAGCUCUUUUUUGAAAUACAGUUAAAAGAUGUAAAUGCAGAGGAGAAUUCCAAGGUUACAUUGUCUGUGAGAAUAAAAGGUGUUAAAAGUGUAUACUGGCUUUUGAAUGGAGUAUUGAUCAAAUCUGGCAAAGAGUUCAAAUGUUUAAAGGAUAAUGAUUCUUACGAACUCUUAAUCAACAAAGUUAUCAAGAUGAAACAUGAAGGUGAAUAUACCUGCGAGGCUGUGAGUGAAGCUGGCAAGAUAUCAUCAUCAUUAAGGCUCACUGUUGUCUCAAGAGGUUGGACUGUGUGGAUUUUGUCGUCUUAGAUGAGAUAGAUAAUUCUUAAGAAUUCAACUCAGACCAUCACUAAUUAACUAGUAGGCAGCUGCUACAUCAUCUUCCCACUACUUCACCAUUUCUUUAAGAAUUCUGUUCAAUAAUACAAUGUGUGCUAAACAUCUUUCCACCCUCUUUCAAAAUAAUGCCACAUUUUUCAUCUUCUUCUGAGUUCUUCAAGCAUGACCAUGUCAUGUGUGAUUCUUCAUCACCCUUCUGAUAACACUCACAUCACUUUUUUUUUCAUGUUAUCCCAGGAUUAGUCAUCCCUUCCUUUCCAUCUCUGAUGCUUCCUGAUACAUCACUGAAAUCAGUUGUCAUAUUAUUGCCAAUGUAAUAAUGUUUUGUAUUUUUUCUCC